AUGUCUUCGCAUUCGCGAGUGUCAAAGACGCCUCGCCCCAGCGCGGCCAGCUAUGGUCAGGUCAUCGAGUAUAUCCAAGAUCGACUCUAUCUUGCCUCAUACACGCACACACCGGACGCGAACACACCGUUCCCUUACCCCAAGCAGCACGCGUCGCCCUCUAAGCGCUCAUCGCGCGCACAAGCCGGACCCACGGCCACUGGCGCUAAAUCACUCCCACCUGUGUACUUUAGCAUCGACAAGACUUUGCUGUACAACGCCUUCCACGGCGACUUCGGUCCGCUCCACAUUGGUCACCUUUACCGCUUUGCUGUCCAGCUGCACGAGGUCCUCGGCGACCCUUCGAACGAGGAGCGCGCGGUUGUAUUCUGGAGCAGUGCAGACUCGAGGAGUCGCGCCAACGCCGCCUGCAUCCUCGCCUGCUAUAUGGUUCUGAUCCAGUCAUGGCCGCCCCAUCUGGCUCUUGCGCCCAUUGCACAGAUGGACCCGCCCUGCAUGCCAUUCCGCGAUGCUGGAUACAGCCAGGCUGACUACGUUCUCAAUAUCCAGGAUGUCAUCUACGGUGUUUGGAAGGCAAAGGAGGAGGGUCUGUGUGGACUCAAGGAUUUCAGUCUUGAGGAAUACGAGAAGUACGAGCGUGUUGACAUGGGCGACUUCAACUGGGUCACUCCUCAGUUCCUGGCCUUCGCUUCGCCUCAGCAACAGCCCACACAAGAGAUUCCCAAGUCUUCGCCAUUGUACCUCACAGUACCGUCGAACAUCGCCGAGGUUCAGAAGUCGAGCCUGCCCGGGCCCUUCAAGAAUGUCCUCUCGCACUUCAGUGCACGCAACAUUGGUCUGGUCGUCCGCCUGAACUCCGAGCUCUAUUCAUCGACCUACUUCGAAAAGCUAGGAAUUAAGCACCUCAACAUGAUCUUCGAUGACGGCACGUGCCCACCGCUGUCUCUCGUCCGCCAGUUCAUCAAUCUUGCGCAUGAGAUGAUCACUAUCCGCAAGAAGGGAAUUGCUGUGCACUGCAAGGCUGGCCUCGGACGCACUGGCUGCCUCAUUGGUGCCUACCUCAUUUACAAGCAUGGCUUCACUGCCAACGAGAUCAUCGCCUACAUGCGCUUCAUGCGCCCUGGUAUGGUUGUUGGUCCUCAGCAGCAUUGGCUCCACCUCAACCAGAUGACUUUCCGGGAGUGGUGGCAUGAGGACACCGUGAAGGCCAAGUUUGCCGAGAUGAUGCCCUCCACCCCUAGUGCGUCGCCUCGCAAGCAGCGCCUCGCAAGCAAUGGCCAGACCUUCACACCACCAAACGGUUCCCAGAGGCGCGCCGCGCUCGGGGAAAUCGAGUCGAAUGAGCAGCGCAAUGAUGCGCGCUCGAACCUUGGCGUCCAGGAGGACCAUCUGCCCGCGCCGACACCAGGUCAGCCUCGCAAGACUAGCAAACUUUACGGCACUGGUAGCGCAAGACAAUCCCCAUCCCGCAUCGACGAGAAUGAACCGUUCCAACGGUCGUCGACCGAAGCCAGGGCGGACUUGGCUCGUUACGAUGGUGAGUCUGACGAGGAGUUCCAUUUGCGCCAGAUCGCAAGGAGAACAUCAUCUCGUUCGCCAGCUCGCACACCAGCGUCGAUCAAAGAGAAGACACGUCGUGCCUUCAGCACAACUUCUGUCAUCCACACGUCGGUGACUCACACAUCGUUCGGCUACGGUGAUGGCAGCGAUGCCGAGAACACUGCACCGGGUCCGCAGACCAUCAGCGGGCGGCCCAAAACACCAAAGGACAAGAGCGGCAGUGGCAUCAGCGUCAGCAAGGUUCGAUCGAGCCCACAACGAAAGAGCACUGAAGGCAAGACCAGCGUUCGCAAGACCAGUGGGAGAGUCGGCAGUGUCGGCAGCUCCAUGGUCCGCCCCAAGUCAUGA